AUCCAACCACAUCAAGCCAUAUCCUGCCACAUCCACGUUAUGAGGAAACAUCCUGCCACAUCCACGUUAUUAGGAAACAUCCUGCCCCAUCCACGUUAUUAGGAAACAUCCUGCCACAUCCACGUUAUUAGGAAACAUCCUGCCACAUCCAUGUUAUGAGGAAACAUCCUGCCACAUCCACGUUAUUAGGAAGCAUCCUGCCACAUCCAUGUUAUGAGGAAACAUCCUGCCCCAUCCACGUUAUUAGGAAACAUCCUGCCACAUCCAUGUUAUGAGGAAACAUCCUGCCACAUCCACGUUAUUAGGAAGCAUCCUGCCACAUCCAUGUUAUGAGGAAACAUCCUGCCACAUCCACGUUAUUAGGAAGCAUCCUGCCACAUCCAUGUUAUGAGGAAACAUCCUGCCACAUCCACGUUAUUAGGAAGCAUCCUGCCACAUCCACGUUAUUAGGAAACAUCCUGCCCCAUCCACGUUAUUAGGAAGCAUCCUGCCACAUCCACGUUAUUAGGAGGAAGCAUCCUGCCACAUCCACGUUAUUAGGAGGAAACAUCCUUCCCCAUCCACGUUAUUAGGAAACAUCCUGCCACAUCCACGUUGUUAGGAAGCAUCCUGCCACAUCCACUUUAUGUCACAUGAAAAUGCGUGAGGCAAUAAUCUUUAUGAAUGAAAGUUUCCUUCCCCUCCUCCAGUGAGAGCGACCGGGUCAUCCAGGUCAACACCAUCCUCAUGGACAACGUGCCUCAUUCCUUCGCUGUGCAGCAGCUGCGUAAAUGUGGGAAGGUCGCAAAGAUAACAGUGAAGAGACCAAGGAAGGUUUCUCUCCACUCCUUGAAGCAGCCUCCGUCUCCAGACCCGUCUACCCGUUACUAUGACUCUGACGCCCCCUGGCCCCAGGACAACGGGGGCCCCGGGUUCCCCCGCCCCCGUGACCACACCCCCGACAACAAGACCCACCUGGAACCCGAGUAUCACGCGCGCGAUUAUGACCGUAACCGUGGGCGGAGCCGGGGGCGGAGCCAGGAGAGGGCAUCGCCCAGCCCGGAUGGCCGGCGUGACGGGAGCCGGGGGCGGAGCUUGGACCGUGAGCCGAGCGGCCCAGAGAGGCCCCGGUAUCCAGGGGAACGGGGGCGCAGCGGGGAGAGGGGGGGGGGCUAUGGCCGGGGGGACAGCUACGAGCGUGGGGGAGGAGGAGGGGGGAGGUACAGCCCCGACACGCCCAGGAUGGCGAGGGGGAGGAGCCAGGAUCAGGACCCUGAGUCUGGGAGGACCGCGCCCCGCGGCCUGGAGCCUCUGGAGAAACCUCUCAACGUCCUGCUGGUCAAGAACCGCCCCAACGAAGAGUACGGUCUGAGGCUGGGGAGUCAGAUCUUCAUUAAGGAGAUGAGCAGCACCGGCCUGGCUGCCAGGGACGGCAGCCUGCAGGAGGGAGACAUCAUCCUUAAGAUAAACGGCACAGUGACAGAGAACCUGUCCCUGAGCGAUGCGGGCCGGCUGAUCGAGCGAUCCCGGGGGAAGCUGCAGCUGGUGGUGCAGAGAGACCACCGCCAGGUCCUGGUGCGAAUCCCCCCGCUGCUCGACUCCGACUCCGAGCCUGACGAGAUGUCAGAGAUGGAGUCCCUACGCUCCUACUCCCCCGAGACAGACAGGAGGCAGUCUGACCUGUCCUCCCACUCCUCCAACGAGAGAGACCUCACCAGGGAGGAUGGCCAGCGAGGGCCACUCUCUGCACCUGCCUCCCCCUUCAGGGUGCCCCCCACCCCCUCUGCUCAGCUGGACCAAGGGCCUCCACACUCCGACCUGCCCCCAGCUGCUGUAACAACCACUCCUAAGAUCCUGCUGCGGCCCAGCCCUGAAGAUGAGGAGAUUUAUGGGGCUAACACAGUGAUGGUGAGCUUCCAGAAGGGAGACAGUGUGGGUCUGAGGCUGGCAGGAGGGAAUGAUGUGGGGAUCUUCAUCGCUGGCGUCCAGGAGGGCAGCCCUGCUGAGGAGGAGGGCCUCCGCACCGGAGACCAGAUCAUGAAGGUGAACCAGGUGGACUUCAGGGGCGUGGUGAGGGAGGAGGCGGUCCUGUUCCUGCUGGAGAUCCCUAGAGGAGAGAGCGUCACCAUCCUGGCCCAGAGCAAACCAGAGGUGUACAGAGACAUCCUGGUGUCAGGGCGAGGGGACUCCUUCUUCAUCAGGACACACUUUGAGUACGAGAAGGAGGUUCCUCAGAGCCUGGCGUUCCCCCGCGGGGAGGUCUUCAAGGUGCUGGACACGCUGUAUGACGGCAAGCUGGGCAGCUGGCUGGCCAUUCGCAUGGGCAAGGACAACCAGCUGCUGGAGAAGGGCAUCAUCCCCAACAAGAGCAGGGCAGACCAGAUGGCCAGUGUCCAGAGUUCCCAGAGGGGCGGGGUUUCUGACCGGGCAGAUUUCUGGCGUCUGCGGGGUCAGAGGGCGGCAAAGAGGAAGGACCUGAGGAAGAGCAGGGAGGAUGUCAGCGCCGUCACCGUGGCAACGCGCUUCCCCGCCUAUGAGAGGGUGGUGUUGCGAGAAGCUGGUUUCAGGCGUCCUGUUGUGCUGUUUGGACCCAUCGCUGAUGCAGCCAAUGAAAAGCUGGCUACUGAACUGCCGGACCAGUUUGUCAUUGCCAAGACGGAGCCUAAGGACGCUGGCUCAGAGAAAUCCUCCGGGGUGGUGAGACUCAACACCAUCAGACAGAUCAUAGAGCAGGACAAGCACGCUCUGCUGGAUGUGACGCCCAGGGCAGUGGACACUCUGAACUACAGCCAAUGGUACCCCAUCGUGGUGUUCUUCAGCCCAGACAGCCGGCAGGGUGUGAAGACCCUCCGCCAGAGGCUGCUGCCCGCAUCCAGCCGCAGCUCUCGCAAGCUGUACGAGCAGGGAGUCAAGCUGAGGAAGACCUGCAGUCACCUGUUCACUGCCACUAUAGAGCUGAACUCCAGCAAUGAUGCCUGGUACGGCAGUGUGAAAGACUGUAUCAGGCAGCAACAGACUCAGGCAGUCUGGGUGUCUGAGGGCAAGCUGGAGGGGAUGGAGACUGAGCUGGAUCUCCCUGAGGACCGCAUGUCCUACCUGUCGGCCAUGUCAGCUGACUACCUGAGCAUGGACAGCCGGCUGGCAAGCGACUACGACGACACGGCGGAUGAGGGCGGGGCUUACACCGAUAACGAGCUGGACACAGAGCUGGCCGAGCAGGUGUCGGCCAUCAGCCGUUCCUCAGAGCCCGUCCUGGCUGAAGAGAUCCUACGGAGGAGCAGUCCAGAGAUCCAAGGUCGUAUCAGGAGGGUGGGCAGCAGGGAGGUCAUCAGCAACACCAGCCCGCCGCUCACACACACUCCCUCCAAGGUGAAGCUGGUGUUUAGGGACGAUGUGGGUGUCGCCCCUUCUUCGCGGGGGGCGGUCCCUUCUUACGAAGCCCCACCCACCACCCGUUGCUUUGACUCCCACUCCAGAAGCCCCAGCGACCUGGCUCCGCCCCUCCGCUCCGCCUCCACGCUCCUCAAUUCCUUUGGCAAGCCCCGCACCCUGGGGACCCCACCCCCUCCCGUGGCGCUCAAGCCCUCCUUCCGGUCCCAGCAGGACACGCCCCCCGGCGGGCCCCCCGUCCUCACAGCGCCCCCCAGGGGUCUGGAGGACGUGCAGGAUGACCCCUCCCUCACCUCUUUCCUGGGGAAGAUCAAGGCCUUCGAGAAGAUGGACCACUUUGCACGCGCCCAGAGGGUUCUGGAGCUGCAGGAGGCACAGAACGCCAGGUUGGAGAUCUCCCAGAAGCACCCUGACAUCUACGCAGUCCCCCUGAAGACCCCCCGCCUGGAGCAAGGGAGACCCCAGCCUAUAGGGUCCAGCUCUUGUCCUGAGCCACAGGCCCCGCCCUCCAAGGUGUUGUGCUCUGGCAGCCGCUCGUUCUACAGCGAGGAGGAGGAGGAGGAAGAAGAGUACCGCCGCCAGCUGGCAGAGCACACCAAGCGCAGCUACAACCAGCAGUACCAGGAUACGGAACUGUAGGGGCUAGGCAGCACACAGACACUAUGCUGUGCCCUCUUCUGAUUGGCUGGCUCGCUCUUCAGACACACCUCCCUGCGCAUACACUCAUCAUUCCUUGGGCCCUGCCACACCUCCUUACCUGGCCACGCCCCUUAAGCCUGCACCAAUCAGCUGCUGACUUGGAAGCCCUUCCUGCUUUACGUUUCUCAAACUAUCUUGUUUUAUUUUUUUAUAUUUUUGCUUCAAAGAAGUCUAGAACCAAUUGUAGCUGUCCGUGAGGAUAUAACUUCAGUCUUCUGGAACUGUUUUUCUUCCUGUUCUGUCAAGGAUGCGACUGUUCCUGGUCCUCGUUCUAAUUACUGUACGUUCAGCUGAACUGUGUGAACGCAUCAGGAAGCCACUUGUUUUCUUCUUGCCUCUAUGCAAAUCAUUUCAGUUUGUGCAACUGAAAACCUGCCACGAAACUUUGUCUUUGAUCCAUGAAAAACCUUAAACUUCUCUCUCACAUACACACACCUGCGAGUGCUGUCAACUUUUCACUCCCUUCUUUGCUCCUCUCCUUUUUAUAUAUCCCACCUGGCCAGCUCUCUGGAGCUGUUUGAGAAGGUCACCUAUAUUAUAUAUAUUCUAUAUCUACUGUUAAGUGUUUAUAGUCCUCAAACUCUGCAUUCCUUCCUAUAUGAUAAUGCGUGUGUAUACAUACAGUAUCUAUCUAUAUCUAUCUAUAUAUAUAUAUAUAUACACACAGAGAGGUGUUCUAUAUAAUACACUGGAAUUUGUAACAUUUUUUUGAAGUGCCUUUUACUUUAUGAUUACAUGAGGUUUGGGGAAACCAAAACACUUUGAAAUCCUAUCUGGCCCCUACCCCCACUUGUUCCUCCCCUGCCCUCCUCCCCCUCUCUCUCUGUCUCCUUGGAUACCUGCUGCUCUCCAGCUCAGAGGGAACCAGAGACACCAAGACCUUAAUACUGUCCUUAAUACAAUGAGUACUGGUAUCAGUCACUCCACACACACUCACACACACACACACUCUCAGGUGACCCAUCUUGUGGUGUUCCCCAGACACCCCUCUGAUGAGACGUCUCAGGGUGGAGGAACAGCAGAGGGCGGGUGGAGGAACAGCAGUGAGGGGGUGUGUGUGUGAGGUGUGUGUGCGUAAGGUGUGUUUGUGUGUGAGGGAGUGUGUAAGGGUGAUUGAGGGUGUGUGUGUGAAGUGUGUGUGUGUAAGGUGUGUG